CCGGUUGAGGUACAUCGGUACAUAGUGUUCCGUCCGAGACCCGAACAAAUUAGAAUACAGAAAAAUCCAAGGAAGCGCAGAGGUUGACUGUAAAAAAAUGGGGAAUUAUUAAAUUAAAAUAUAGAGGAAAUUAAUUAUAAGGAAGAAGAAGAAGAGACUCUAGCAGGGGAGGGAGAAGGAGACUAGUUGGUCGCUGUUGCUGAUCUUCAGCUUUCGCUCUCUUUCUCUCGAAGCGGAGAAUUUGCGUACAAGCAAGUUCAAAUCCCACAUUGUUUUCAGUCAAAUUCUGCUCUUAUUUUCAUAUAUUGGUAUGUGACUUGCAAUCGUUGUAUAGCUUAUCGAAUUUGUCGCAUUUCGAUCGCCAUUUCUUGAUCCUUUCUCUAUUGGAAUUUCGAUUUUUUGUGUUUCACUCUUCUUCACAGACUUCAUCAAUUCGUUGUUUGUUCUGAGUUUUUCGACGAAGAAAUUGAUACGGAGAUAAUUGAAUUAGCGGAUAUUUCGAUCCUUAACGGAAUGGUGGAUGGUUUGAUCGAUCAACAAAUAGUGAUUGUUUAAUCGAAAUGGCGAGCGCCUGCGAUGAAGAUGCCGAUGUUGUUCUCAGCGACGUGGAGGAGGAGGAUUCCAUCCUCGAAAUCAUCAAGAAUCCGUCUCAAGAAAAUAUUUCUGUGGAGAAAUUCGUAGAGAUUCUUGCAGAGCUUGAAAGUGAGCGAAAAGCUAGGGAGGCUGCGGAGAGUGCAAAAUCCGAGAUGCAGGUGUCUUUUAAUCGGUUGAAGGUGCUUGCUCAUGAGGCGAUAAAGAAGCGUGACGAGAUCACGAAGCUGAGGAACGAGGCAUUACGAGAAAAGGAAGAAGCGUUGAAAUCGAAUGAGAAGUUAUCAGGGGAACUAGCGGAUGCGCUGAGGCUGAAAGAUGAACUUUCGAAACAGCAUGAAGAUGGGGCUCGGCAGUUUGAUGAAGCUGUGAAAGCAAGGGACUACUCGCGUUCGGAAAUUGAAGUCACUGCCCAUAUGCUUGUGAGUGGGAUCGAAAAGAUCUCUGGAAAGAUUAGUAACUUCAAGAAUUUUUCUGGGUCUGGGCUCCCUAGAUCUCAGAAAUACAGUGGAUUACAAGCUGUUGCUUAUGGAAUUAUCAAGAGAACAAAUGAAAUUGUUGAAGAACUUAUUAAGCAGAUUGACAUGGCAACUAAGUCCAGGAAUGAAGCUCGUGAGCAGAUGGAACAAAGGAAUUAUGAAAUUGCCAUUGAAGUUUCUCAGCUUGAAGCCACAAUUAGUGGGUUGAGGGAGGAGGUGAUGAAGCAAAAAUCUAAAUCUGAGAAUCUGGAGAAGUCAAUUGCUGAUAAAGACUCAAAGGUAUCUGAGAUGGAUAGACAGAUGUCCGAGAAGUUGGAUGCGGUGGAGAAGGAGGCAACGGGGUUAAGGGAGCUGGUUAAUGAUUAUGACCAUAAAUUGAGGAAUUUGGAAUCAAACCUUGAAACACAAAGGCCCUUAAUUGUUGAGCAGUUGAAUUAUAUAUCAAAAAUACAUGACCAAGUAUAUCAUGUAGUUAGGGUGGUUGAUGUUAAUAAAUCAGUUCAGUCGGACUUUUCAGAGUCCUUGUUCCUUCCCCAAGGUAUGGACAUGGAUGAGAACCUACGUGCUUCUCUGGCCGGGAUGGAAUCUAUCUAUUCACUGGUCACGAUUGCUGCACAGAAGGUAAGAGAUUCAAUGGAAGAGAGGACCAAGGAAACGAAAGGUCUAAAUGAGAAGGUUGCUCAAUUGGUGAAGGAUAAACAACAAAUAGGGUCCCUACUUAGAAAUACUUUGUCAAGAAGGAUGUCAUCAGAUUCAUCAUCCAAAACAAAUGAGGUCCCACAAGUUGCUGAAAAUGGUUUCAGAGAUGCAGGGAUAUACUUCAGAUUCAGUAAUCUGCGGCAUGGUGACAAUGAUAAAUCAGGUGCUAUUGAGAUAGAGAAAGAUGAAGUCUUUACUCUGGCUGGUGCUCUGGAGAAUAGCGUUAAGGAAUAUCAAGUGGAGAUAAUUGAUCUUCAAAAUUCUGUGGGAGAACUUAGGGCAGAGUUGUGUAUACUUAAGGCCAAUGUGGAAGCUCAAGCCACGGAACUCAGUCAAAGAAAGCAUCGCAUAGAGGAACUUGAAGAGAAGGAAACAGUGGCCAAUGAAAAUGUUGAAGGGCUUAUGACGGACAUAGCAGCUGCUGAAGAAGAGAUUGCAAGAUGGAAAGUGGCAGCAGAGCAAGAGGCUGCAGCAGGCAGAGCCAUUGAGCAAGAGUAUCUGGCACAGUUGUCAACCCUUAGGCAGGAACUGGACGAUGCAAAGCAAGCCAUGAUGGAAUCAGAGAAAAAGCUCAAAUUCAAAGAAGAGACGGCCGAAGCAGCGAUGGCUGCAAGAGAUGCAGCUGAUAAGUCUCUGAAGCUUGCAGACUUGAGGGCUUCAAGAUUGAGGGAUAGGGUGGAGGAGCUUUCCCAUCAGCUUGACGAGUCUGAUACCAGGGAAGAUUCAAGGAUCCGGAACAGGCCAAGAUAUAUAUGCUGGCCGUGGGAAUGGCUGGGGCUGAACAUCGUAGGAUAUCACCUGUCUGAGACACAACAGCAGAAUUCAAAUGAAAUGGAGCUUUCAGAACCGUUAUUAUAAAUAUUUGCCGUUCAGCAACUAGCAGUAAAAGAAGAGAUCUUUUGUGGAUUGUGAGCCCAACUGCUUCUGUCAUGCCCAGGUCUGCAGCUGCCAAGCCACUAGGCAAGAUGGAGGGAUAGGGUGGAGGACAUUGGCGAGUAUAAGCUCAAUCAGGACUACAGCGAAGCACAUCAUCUCUGGGCAACAUCUCUGGCUUGCACCAAUGGGUAACAGUUGAAAGUUGCCUUUGAAGUCGUCGGUGGCUUCGUCUAUUUGCAAGUGAAGGGAAGGGAAGGUGAGUGAGAUCAGUUUUGAAAAACAGGAAAAAAAAACCUUGUGACCAUGAUCAUGUAAUCUACCUAAAACUCUUACCCAUAUUUGGUAAUUAUACUUCUCAAAUGUAAAUUUUAUUUUUAAUUUUAUAUCAUACAAAUUUGAUUGCAAAGUAAAAUAAAUAAUAAAAAUUGAAAUGUUUUGUAGUUAA